AUGCCACUGUACCUACAGCCACCGCCGGCGACGGAGGCGUCAUCUUCCUCCUCCACCGCCGCCGGAGAUGGCUCUGUCGGACCCUUCAUCGCCGUCCUGGUCGUCGUCACCGUCCUCUGCGUCGUCGUCGGCGUCAUCGGACGUCUCUGCACCGGUAAAACCAUCAUGGGCUUCGGAGACUACGACAUGGAGAGAUGGGCAGAGAGUCGAUGCUCUUCUUGUAUCGACGGCCACAUCCCUCCGCCGCCUCCGCCACCUCCGGAUUGCCGCUACGGAACUUUUCCGGCGAAUCCGACGCGGCAGAGAUCGGAGAGAGACAGGAGUCUCAAGAACAUCAGCCUCCCGCUUGUUCUUUUUCUUCGGCUCAAUGAAAGAAUUCAAAUUUUUUAUUUCUUGUUUGGUUAA